UGAGGUACAGGGGGGAACGACAUUAAAAACAUUAAUGGGUUUCAAGUUAACUUUAACAAGGUUUUAUUUGUUGUAUCAAAUACUGUGCGCUCAGUUACUGCAGUUCUGCGCUAAAGACAUCAAGUAGUCAAGCACCGACGCCAAGUGGUUAAGACCGACGCCCUGUGUAAACAGAAACACAGGUAAACCAGGAUACCAGCCACUUUCAGUUGGAAACGUGUCACAGCUCUCGGUUUGUUGAGUAUGUCAGCCUUCUGUUUAUUCUGAACCACGGCAUUGCGCAAUCUGAUGAAGCAGAUAUGGCACUGAGCUUUAAACGGCCACAUCAGCACAUCAGACGAAGAGAUAAGAGGGUUCUCGGUUUAAAAGCAGCAGCUGACGAGUUGUCCAAUUCACCCUCACCGCCACCAUGACCUUCAACGGGACCUGGAAAGUCAUUCGCAAUGAGAACUAUGAGAAAUUCAUGGAAGAAAUGGGCAUUAACAUGGUGAAGAGGAAGCUGGCUGCUCACGACAACCUCAAGAUAACCAUCGAACAGAAUGGAGACACGUUUCAUGUCAAGGAGGGCAGCAAUUUCCGCACCCUGGAAAUAGACUUCACCAUGGGAGUCAACUUUGAUUACAGCCUUGCAGAUGGAACAGAACUAUCAGGCACAUGGACCUUGGAGGGAGACGUACUGAAGGGGAAUUUCAAAAGAAAGGACAACGGAAAGCAACUUUUAACAACCAGAAUCGUCCAAGGAGACGAACUCAUACAGAGCUAUAACUACGAAGGUGUGGACGCAAAAAGGAUUUUCAAAAGGUGUUAAAGCAAACUGAUCAACAAAACUAUUAUGUGAGAGAUGUCUGACAUCAGGAUUACACAGUAUUGUGCUGAACUAUCACUC